AUGCGCCUACAUCAACUCUCUUUCCCGCAGUGCUGCUUUGCUGCAACUGUCAGCGUAACUUUCCUCGCCGCGUUCGCCCUCGCCGUUAGCGUUUCCGACCACCACGCCCAUGCCAGCAACCUGGUGGUUCCUGAAAGCCAGAAUGAGACCUUGAUAUUCAGUGAUAAUAGCGCACAGAUUCAGCUCGCACUGGGGUCGCAUAAUGGUCUGGAGAUCCACGGGGAUGAUGAUACAGAUGCGUUGGGGUUAGACGUCGUUCGGAGAGCGCCUGCGGGGGACUCAGAUUCUCUUGCGAACAAUGAGUUCAAGUCGAAUGAUAUCAGAAUGGGGGAGACACAGUGGUAUUAUUUCGAGACGGCGAAAUAUCGUGGCAAAUCAAAUGGCACUACGACUUUGUCUAGUCUGCCGGCAAAUGUUACGGGGAGUGACAAUUCGACUAAGCAAGAACCUAGCAGCGGAGGAGGUGAUAACGCGGUUUAUAUCUCCUUGACGACUUGCCAGAAGCCGGAUCUCAAUACGACAAAUACAGAUGAUACUCCCGAACUGCCGCAGUUAAGCAUCCAUGUUUCCCGCUCGACAGAGAAGCCAGCACCCGGUAAUGACGAUGAUCAUGGAACAUCCGUGGAUGGCUAUUUGAAUUUGACAUGGACGAACAAUGAGACGGUCUAUAUUGGGGUAUCCGCACCGGAAUCGACGGACUAUUCAGGGUCCUAUUCGUAUCAGAUCGCAGCGUCUACGGACACGUACUUCCACCGCGUCAGCCAUGAUCCGAACCUGUUUUUUGUCGAUGCAGAUGUGAAUUCCGCGCUUUUUACAACAGGCAAUCUGUCGCUCUCAAACAGAACCCAGGAUAAUUACAACGACUGGAUGAACCUGAAGAAACCCCCGUAUACGAUAUUUGUCAACAACCUCAACAAUACAGCCAUUACGGGCCUGGAGCAGUCUUAUUGCGCCCUUCAGCAGAACGCACAAGUUAAGGGAAACAGUGUCGAGACGAACAUGACGGACAUAGGCCCCGGAAACCAUCCCAAGGAGCUGCUCUAUGCCAAGGGUCUGAACGAGAGUUCUACCUAUUUGGCAAUUCUAGCAAUGGAUGGAAACUUGACUGAUUCCGGUAAUAGAGUUCUGGGUGGUGGUGGGAAGGUUUGGCAACCGAGAAAAUUUACAACCAAAGCUGAUGGGAAUUGCGCUAUCAUUUUUGGCCUGUCCUUUUGUUCCGAAGUCGCAUACGCUGUACCGUCCAAUCCGUCCAUGACGAAAGCAGAUCUACAAAAAACAUACGAUGAUUACGCCUCAUCGAUAUUCAAAAACUUCACUUACUCGCUGCAGCAAGUCCAAUGCAAUGCAUCCAGUUACAACAUGUACUCUUUGGCUGUGGAUUGCGAUAACUGCUCUCAAGCGUACAAAGACUGGCUAUGCUCAGUAACUAUUCCCCGCUGCGAAGACUAUUCUAGCAGCGACUAUUUCCUGCGAGUUCGGAACGCCGGGCAAAAUUUCAUCAACGGCACUUCACUCGACCCGGAUCAUGCAGACCGCAAGACCUCUAUAUCAAAUCGAUCACGUAACCCGAUUAUCGAUGAGCAAAUUAAACCGGGGCCAUACAAGGAAAUCCUUCCGUGCCAGGAUGUUUGCCAUAAUCUGGUGCGGAGUUGCCCGGCGUCCCUUCAAUUCAGUUGCCCGCAAGGCGAGCAGCUCGAUUCUUCUUACGGCCGACGGAAUGACAAUACUGUGACGUGCAAUUAUAUGGGAGCUGCAUAUUACAUGAGUAGUGCGAGGAGUAUGCAUGAUCAGUUAUGGGUCGUGCCGUACGCGUUGGGGUUGUUUUGGGCUUUGUCGUGGAUUCAACUCUAA